AUGAGAAUUUCACUGGCUUCCUUCUGUUCAUUGGUCAUGAUCGUAGCGUUACUCUCUCAACCUUUGCCAACUUUAUCUGAAAAUCAAGAAAACAAAUCCCAAAUACUGACUUCUUGUGGAAGAAGCCUUGCAGAACACGGUGGCUCCAAUCGAUCAAGUCAUCGUGACACUUUUCGAGUUUUCAUGAGGAAAGUACGUAGCGGUGGUGGUGGUGGUGGUAAGAAGAGCCGCCAUCGUGUCCCUACUGGUGGUGGUUCCGGUGGUUCGUCGGGUACUAGUCGACCUUGUCUCUCGAUCGCAUUCCAUUUCGGUUGCACGGUCGCUAGCUCAAUUCUUUUGAUAUCCUUCGCCUUCUAA